AUGUAUCAGAAAUCAGGAAAAAUAGAACAUAUGUACAACAACCAGACGAGCUAAUAGAGAUAGCCAGAAUUGAAAACUGGUAUUAAUGACUACAGAGCAUAAAAUCCUUACUAAGAAUCUUAGAUUAGAAUCACAAACAGAGAAAUUUUUAUGUAAGGUGGCACUAAUAGCAUUAUUAAGGAUCAUCAAAAGUCUAAGAUUUUCGACACCUAAAAUUCAAGCUAACCAAUAAAGAACUUUAAUAUUGUAUCAAGAUUUCCUUCUUAAAUUCCAAAUAGUCCUUAAUGCGAUCGAUAAAAUCCAAAACCCAAUGAAUAUACGAAUAAAUCAUACACAACCAACGUGAAUGGCAAGCCUCAAAUGCCCUAUAAUAACUAGCAGAAUAACAGCCAUUAUUACAAACAAGGAAACAUAGUGAAAACAGAGCAGCUUCCAGAUAUGAAUGAAACAGUCCCAAUUAAUCAUAAAUUGUUUUCGGAUGAUGCAGCAUUAUAAAUGGAAUCCAAGUUCUAAACCUGCUCUUCUUUGGAAUAGAAUAAAAAAUCUGAUUAACAAUAGAUGGGGAAUUAAAUUAACUUUUAUGAUCAGCUUGUUGAACAAUAGGGAUAAAUCUAGGAAGUUCUAAUAGAACCCACAUUCUAGGAUCAAGAGAAAUAAAAUUAGGAAUAAGUAAUACCUGAAUAUGCUGCACAAUCAAUAAUAAUAUCACAAUUAAGUUUAAUGGAGUUGAAGAAUAGGGAUAUUUCCUCAAUGAAAAAUUUUGAGAGAACUAUUGGGAUUAGAAAAUCUGAAAAUUAGAAGGAAUCCCCAAUAAAAUAACAUAUAUAGAUUGAAUAAAUUCAGUCUGAUCCCAUAAUGAUAUAGCAAUCAAACACUUUGAAUUAAUCAAAAGUAGCAGCAGAUCAAUUGAAGGGAUAAAAAGAAGAAAAUUGUUAAAACAAUCUUUGUGAAACAAUAAAUUUAGUUAAAUUUAAUGAAGACGAAGAGACCAAUAUGGAAAACCCAGAGAAAAUUAGCAAUUUUGUGACUACCAAAAUAUAAUAGAGAGGAGAGAAAUGUAUAAAUUAUAAUUAAUUAGAACUACAAUCAUUUAAAUAAAUAAGUCAACCAAGUCAACGCUGUUCGGCUUUAGAGUUUGAAGUGUUGGAGAGGAUGAACCAAGUUCGUUAAAAUCGAUUAGAGGGAAUGAAGGUGGAUUACUUUGGGGCAGUGGAAAGGUUGGAAAAGUCAGAUUGUUUAUCUGAUUUGGCGGCUGAGAAAUCAAUUAUUUAAUUGAUCGUUACAUAAUUUCCUUAUUUAAGAAGAGUGAGAGGGGACGGGAACUGCUUAUUUUCAAGUUUACUCUUUCCCUACUUGGAGUUGAUAUAUAUUAAUAACCUAUUUGAUACGGUAUUAAAUCAGUUUGUGGCUCAUGAAAUCUAUUGGAACAAGGCUACGAUGAUAGAUAGACCAAUGGUCUUUACUUUGAUAAAGAAGAUCUUUCAAGAGUUGAAAAAGCUUAGUAAAAAGUACAAUAAUGAUUUGCUCAUGUUUUCAGAAGUGAUCCUUCAUUACAUCAACAGAGUGAAUGGCUUUUAUGACAUGCUCAUCAUCUUCAUGCGAUCGACAAUAAUAUAGAGUUAUAAGUUGUACUCUAAACAAGGAGAAUAUCAGAACUUCUUGGAUGAGAGCACUUCAGAGGAAUUCUUAGAGAGGAACAGUAGUUUCGAGGAGGAAGGAGAUUUUUUAUCAAUAUAAUUCUUUUGUGAAAUUACUUAAUUGAAGGUGAAGUUGAUUAAUUUUUCAGAUAAACAUCCAAUUCAAUCGAUGUAAACCCUUGAGCCGAAACUUAAUAAGGUGAGGAACGAUCAAGCCAACUUCAUUAGUUUGAAAUACAAUGAGGGCCAUUACGAUAUUCUGUACUCAAGAAUGUUAAAGCAAAUGCAAAUUAAGCAGGAAGAGAGACCACUUCCAGAAAUACAGUUUACUGCUUUGUAUUGA